AUGGUUAUCCCAUGUCUGUGGGAUAACUUUGUGAUGGUUCUGGCAGCGUCCCGUCACUGUAACAGGGCGAGUCCACCAAGGCCACGGAAAGCUGGCACUGGCACAGUCAGGGCACUACGGAGAGCCAGGCACCCUCGCGUGACGACCGACCACUUUGGUGUUCCCGCCGAGAUAAUAUUGGCACCCUCUCGUGGCCCGGGCCGGUACGACGCUUUGGGCCGCGGCGCCCGGCAGCGCUUCGGGUUCCUAGUGGGUGUAGCUCAUCCGAACACUCUGUCGUGGGCAGCCUUGACAUAUGUUCUCCAUGUCAGAGAUUUUCAGCGAGAUUUGUAUAUUUGCACUUGUAAAUUUGCACUUUUCCUUUACCUGGCCAUAUACCUGAGGUAUUGCAUUUCACCCGGUUCUUGGUAUGCAGUCAGAAGACAGAUGACUGUACUGUUUGGAGUUGCUGGGGUGGUGCUUUAUUACGUUUUCUUCUCAGGUGUUGGAGUGGAAGAAAUUAAACCCAAAGUGGGCCUGAUGUGCUGUGUGGCAAGCGUGAUCUUCUGUGCAGCACCCCUGAUCUCCCUCACUGAAGUGUUCCGCACGCAAUGUACUGAGGCCCUGCCCUUCCCCCUCAUCUUGGCCACCUUCUUGGUCACGGGACUGUGGUGGCUCUACGGCAUAACUAUUCAGAACGGCUUUGUGCAAUAUCCCAACCUGAUUGGGUGUGGCCUCUCUGGUUUCCAGCUCCUGCUCUUCACCGUUUACCCAAGCAAGAGGAAAGGAUCAGCAGUGGAAUUAUGAAGAGCAAAAAAGAAGUGAGAUUUUUCAAACCAGUUGAGGAGAUUCAGGAGUAUGAUAAUGUUUAUAAGUAAAUUCUGGCUGAGAAUGUCAAAAACACAAGUUUACUAUACAAGCAGACUCUUACACAAACAUAUUAGCUCUAUUAUAUAUAUAGGAAUCCACAGAAUGAUCAUAAUUUUUAUUAUCAUACACCUUCAUUUUACCACUUCUCUAUGUUUUCAUGUGUUGUAUUAAUCUUUCAGAGCAUUUACCUGUAUUUUGUACCUUCCCAAAAUGUGCAUGUAUGUCACAUAGACAAACUUUUGUCUGAUGUUUUCAUUGUUCUUCCAGCCUUCCUGUUUUUUAUAUUGUUUCUGUCUUUGAUUUGUCAUCUUAUUUUCAUCUUUCUUCCCCCUUUCCUUUUUUUUCAUUUAUAGUUUCUACUUGCUCCUUUAUACUUGUCUUUCUAUUUUUUUGUUAGGCCUAAUACCAUAAGGGAACAUAUGUAUUUGUUAAUCUUAUUGUAACAAAUUCCAAUAAGAAUUACUUUUUAUAUUCUGUUGUUAUAUUGUAGUGGCCUAUAUAAUCAUGAUAUAUUUUUGUGUAACUCUGUAUAUCACUGAUGAAUUAUAGUGUAAGACCUGAA